GUGAUGAUAGUCGUGCAGCGUGCAUCAUGUUGUAUCACCUGUUGCUGCAGACAGUAAACACACAGUCAGCAGGUGUGUCACGUGGUCAUCCUCACCUGCUGCAGUAUCAUCUUGAUUAUCAUGAGUACUAUAAAGAGGUGCAAGAGGCUGUCAAGGAUUUGUCACAGGCGGCAAGUGAAGGGUCGUUGUACGUCAUCGCUGAUGAAGUGUGGUAUCCAACGUUCGAGACUUUGUGUGAUAAGCUGCUGACACAAGUCCCUCGUCUCCAUAUUUGGGCGGCGAGUUGUUACCAUGGACACGCACCCGCCGGGUGGCCAGUGGAAUAUUUAACCAGACCCCUCCGCUCUCCGCCGGCCGUCGUCAGAGAAGUCGCGCAGGAUGGGGACAUCGCUUACAGCGGACUUAUCCAGGGGUACAGUGAGCGAGGUGUACCCGACCACACAGACGGCCCGCCAGUCAGACGAGUGUAUCACGGAGGUCAGGGUCACUCAUUUCGAGGGCCAUUUGACUGUGUGACGUGCGGUCGUGAGGUAGCCAGCUUCCUACUCAGUCUCCGUGUUGGUGUUACAGAGAAUGUCACGUCAGCUGUCACGAGCGUCACCUCUACCUGUGGCGGCACAACACCACCCUGCUUGCAGUGGAGAGACGUGCUGGUGUUAUUCUCCUCGGGUUACGCUAGUAGCACAUGGGGUAUGAUGAUGGCGCUUGAAGAAGCGGGUAUCCCAGUUCGGAAGAUGAAGGAUAGUGACAUUUACGACGUGGCCACGGCCCGCAGUGACGUGGUGUGGUUUGGUAAUGGAUGUCUAGUUCGUGGUCUCGAGAGAAAAGUCGUCGUCUGUCUGGAUGUUGGUGAUGCCCGACUUCAGCUCUUGUCCCGGUGUACGUCACAACUUGUGAUUUUCGACUGUCAUCUGACCUCAUUACCUGAUGACUUCAUUAACAUGACGAAAAAAAUUCUCCUCACAAAAAUGAGGGGCAGUCCGUGUCUCUUUUUACACAAGAACUAGUGUCAACAUCAACAUCAUACACACUGGGUCUUGUUUACUCAUCCUCAGGUACAGGGUUAGAGGCUGGAGUUAAUGACAUCACACUGCAUAACGGUCUGAAAUAAAAUGUCUUCGUGAGUCUAGUCUAGUCGCAGCCAUUUUGACAAACAAGCUGGCAAGGAGAGUGUUUAUGUAAGAGAGAGAGAGAGUUUGUGUCUGCAUAUGUUGUUUGCAGAUAUUAAUCAGUGAGUGUAUGAACAUAUGCAUUCGUUCCUGAGUACGUGUAUGUAUGUGUGUUUUUAUUGUAACUUUGGUCAACACGUCAAGUGGAGACUGAUAUUCCAUGUUGUCAAUACAGUUGUCAAUACAGGUGUCAAUAAAAAUAGACUUGACCCAGUGAGUAACGCGAGUAUAAUACAGAACGAAUUUCACCCGUGCGUUAACACCUGUCGUCACCUGUUAUCACUAUUUUGCGAUUGCUUCAGUCCUCGUUCGUCCGUUUUUAACGAAGUUAAUGCCGAUUGUUUGUGUGUUGUUUCAGAGAUUACAAUAGUCAGUCUCUUAUUAAAAAAAAAAACAAACAACUUUUGAUAUUUUAUUUGCUUUUCAAGUUAAGUAGUGUAGUGUUUGUUUGUUUUAUUUUUCUUUCAGUUUGUCUUUCUAACGCUAUCGUUGAUCCCUAAUAAGCACGAAACUCGCUCAGUUUAAAACAAACUCACAAAAGACAACGCGAGUAUCAAAAUAAAAAUAAAAAGCGUGGUUGCACAUCGAGACUGUCAUGUGAUAACUAGUAUAGGACUACAGUGUUGGUGUCUCACUUCUGUUCCCCCCCCCCCACGAGACAGGCGGACGCGCUGGUAAACAGAUUGUAGAAGGAUCGGGUAUCCGUGUAAUGGGGUAGCGGUGAAGUCUACGUCGUGUCGGACAUAGAUCAAGUCAGGUUGGGAUGAGGGAUGGCAGUUGUCCCCACAGGUGAUCUCCCAGGGAAGGGGAGAAUAUCGGUCACCCUACACCCGUUAAUGAUAGAAGUCCGCGUUGGUACACGGACGUUUCGCCGCCGGACGUUUCGGAGUCGGACGUUUUGCCGACCGGACGUUUCGCCGCCGGACGUUUCGG